AUGAAAAUGAGGUCCCAAUCCCUUGGCCUCAUUACCCUGUCGGCACUUGCUUGUUCCUCAAGCACUGUGCUGGCAAAGUUCCAGUCCAGAAACGAACGUCUCAACAACCUGAAGUACAAAGACUUCGUCUACCCUCAUCGAGCAAGAGCCCAAGAAUUGAAAGAAAACCAAAUCGAUCUUGGGUAUGAAAUUCACGAGGGAAAACUGGAGAAAGACAAGUUCUUAGCCUUCCGAAAUAUACCAUACGCUGAGCCGCCCACCGAAAGUGACCUUCGCUGGUUUGCGGCAGUUGAGCCUCAAAGUAUACGGGAAGAGGUGAACAAAGGACUAGUUGACCACAAGUGUCCACAAGAACAGGUCGGAUGGGUGCCCAUUGCGAAGGACUUUCUAGGUAAUUUCAGCGAGGGCAUUCUCCCACCAAGAUGGAGAGAUGAGAUCAAACCGGAAGACUAUGGCGCAAUGCCUGAGCCUAUUCCAGGAGUCGACGAAGAUUGCCUUACUCUCGACGUUAUGGUCCCAAAAACAGUCUGGGAGAAGAAAGAGGAAGCUUCAGCUGCAGUAAUUGUGUGGAUAUACGGAGGAGGCUUUGUUUACGGGUGGAAGGAUCUUCUUGGUAGUCCAGCUGGACUUUUCGAAGCCGCAGAAGGGAGUCAGCACGAUGGGAAUGUCAUAUAUGUGGCAAUGAACUAUCGUCUCGGAGCGUUUGGCUGGCUGGGUGGACCCAAAUUUAGACAAGACGGUGGCCUUCCUAACCUCGGGCUCCACGACCAGAGAUUCGCCAUGAAAUGGGUACAACGAUACAUCCAAGCGUUUGGAGGAGACCCUGAAAGAGUUACGGUCAUGGGACAGAGUGCUGGAGCAUCUUCGAUUUUGCACCACCUCACAGCAGGAGGAGGAAAUCGAGAUUACAAACCCCUCUUCGAUAAAGCUAUUGUCCAAAGCGCAGGCUUCUUUCCCCAACCCGAUCCCGCACACGACGAUCGCAUCUAUGAGAAAUAUCUUGAGUUGACAGGAGCCAAAAAUCUAGAGGAACUCCUAGAGAAAGACACCGAAGUCCUACAAGAAGCAAAUACCAACAUGACCUUCAAAUCCCCUUAUGGCAUCUUCAACUUCGGUCCCACUGUGGAUGGAGAUUAUGUGCCCAGCCUUCCUGGCAAGCUUCUUAGCGGAGGUUCGAGGAAGACUUAUCAUCAAGGUAUCUCCUUGAUGGUUGGGCACACGGCGUACGACGGAUUGCUAUUCACUCCACCAUGGAUUCGCUCCCCUGCCCAGCUUCGUGAACACAGUUGGAAGUUAUAUCCCGGGAUCCCAGAGUCAGUUUUGCAGUUUAUUGACGAGCAUUAUCCGAUCAAGACGAGUCCAUUGAUCUUGGCCCAAAAGAAAAUUGCAAAUGUUUCCGACUUCCUUGACGACAUUGCCAUCCAGUGUAACUCUUACUACUUGACCGAAGCUUUUCUCACGUCAUUCAUGCGCGCCCCUGUGUAUCGAUAUUCAUUCAAUACUCUCCCAGCAAUUCAUGGCUAUGACACUGGAUAUACAUACUACCCAUCCCCAUCGCUAUUGGGCCCAGCAGACGAGACCCUAGCCAAAUUUUUUCAAAAGUCCAUCGUCAAUUUCGCACGCUUUGGCGUCCCCGACCCAGAUAACGAUGUAGACGAGUGGCCGAUGUACACUUCUGAAGAACGUGAAGUAAUGAAUUUGGGUAAGCCAGGCCAAACAGAGCAAGACUUUUCUUACGGAAUGGGACCGGACUUGCUCGAUCGGGAGAAGUGCGCGUACUGGCAGUCUGCUCCAUACUACAUUGGCAAAGAGCCGAAGAAUGUCAAGUUUGUUCAGCAGGAAAGGCUUUACAAGGAGGGUCUGUAG